CUCUCUCUCUCUCUCUCUUGGAAUGACCACUGCACUCAGCAGCCCUCCUGAUAAGAAUGUUGAUUUAUAUGGUCUGCAUCUCAUCUAUCUUGCCGCUGUGGAGAGCAAACGUGGGUUUGUAUGGUUCUGCUCUAGCUCAUUUGUACAGCUAGCAGCUACAGUCCCACCUCCCCGGUUUUAGGAAUCAUCCAUUUUAUUUUUCUGUUGUUGGCCCGGAGAAAACCUCAUCAUGACUACUUCUGCGGCUAAGACCAGCAAGAGUUCCUCGGUACAGCAGAGAGAGCGAGGCAACGCCUUCUACAAGUCGGCUACCAACAUUGGCCCCGUCAUCCGUCUAAUGAGGCUUGAUAAUGCCCUCAUGUGUUACAGGAACGCCCUCAGCUGUGCGGCCACUGAAGAUGAGGAGGUUUCUGUGAUGAAGAACAUCGGUAUGACAUCUUGGAAGCUGGCUGGCACUUACCUGGAGAGUGCUCCAAUGAAAGAAGCCAAGAAUAUCCGAAAGUAUUUCAAAGAGGCCUUGAAGUAUUUGUCCCUGGCGUACGUGAAUAGGUUCUGCAAGAUUUUGCCAUGGUCCCUCAAGUUGAGAGGGUUUUGGGAGAACUGUUUGAAGGAGGCCACUGAAUGGUUAGCUACAUUGGACACCAAGGAGAGGGUAGCUGGUUUCAGUGAGCUGUUAGGUUACGCACCAGACUGUUGUCUGAAGGCCAAUGGAUACAUCCAGUAUUCAACACUCCUGUUUCAUGAAGGUCUUACAGCCUGGCAAGAUGGAGAAUACAAGGAAUGCUACAGAUACAUGAAGGAAUGCUACUUUCCUAUCCAAGAAGCAGAGAGGCUGAGUAGCCAGGAUCUAUACAUCGAGACUGAAGUGAACGUCCUGAGAGAAGAUGUUAACACUCACAUGUGUAUUGCUGAAACUAUCAUGGCCCGCGUUUCAGGUGAUGCCCUGUUAAGUAAAGAUCUGAAUGAGCAAGAAACAAUUAAUAGCGACACAAUAUGGACCGUGAUAGAUUUCUACAAACAAGCAGCAAUGUUAUGCAGGGAUAAGGACCUGGAGCAGGAAGCUAUAGCUUACAGUCGACUUGGACGUGUCUUUGGCAAAGUCCUUAUUUUGCCAUCCCGAGGGAAAGACUACUACAAGAAAGCUAUUCAGCUGGCACUGAGCAUGACCCCAAGGACAUUUCAUGGUGUUGAUUGGUUCAUGGAGUCCACUGCCUUUGUUGAGGACUUCCAGAAACGUCUGCACAAGGACGAAGAUGAAGACAAGGACAAGGAAGCUGCCCUCAAAGAUAUGAAGGAAGACGUUGACAAACUCUCAGAAAUGGCCACCAACCAUGGUGAUCUGGAAUUUGUUAAGGACAUCUACAAGACGUGGCCGCCCAAGGCUCCAGGGGCCAAGCUUAAUGAGAAACUCUCCACAAAGAAACUGCUCUUGAAGGCCAUCACUCACUACCACCCUGAUAAGGUGGACAAAGAGGUCCAUGGCAAGAACUGGUUCUAUUUCAGUGGAGAGAUUACCAAACACCUUAAUUCCAAAUAUACCUGCUAUAAGGGUGUAGAGUGAAAUGAUGAAUUGUUUUCAUUCCAACAUGCAGUGUGUCCACUUCAAAUGGGUGGCUACCGAUAAGACACGCUCUGAUGAGAACCCUGUUUUCUGAGACCAUGAUUCAGUUUGACCCUGAUAUGUGCAACAAAGGUAGAGAUGAGUCUGUUUCAUUAAAGAUAUCCAAGGAUCUCAACACCCAAGUAUAGCUGCUGCAAAGGUGUAGAGUGAACAGCAUUUUUUAAUGACACCCUCCCUUGAUAAUCCAAUUUAUGACUCCGACAGUGCUAACAAGUAGGUCAAGAAGUAGAAAGGCUUUCACUCCAACUGAGAGAUCCAUGCACGGAUCACAACAUCAAGUAUGUCUACUGCAAAGGGGUGAAUAAAGUGAUUUAAUUUCUCCAAGGAAUACACUCCCACUCUGCUACUUGCUGUACAGCUGCUACAGAAAGGGGUUGAUCAGGUACAUUGUGGGUUGUGGCAAUGUUGCAUCAACCCAAGGAGGUACUUAUGUAUAUAUUUUUCACGAAGUGUGUAACGUCAUUAGAAAUGCAUUUGAAUGAAAAUAACAACAUGUCAAAUAGGGUACUACUCCCGCAAAUGUAAAGUCCAAGGCAGGAUGUUCUCAUAUGCAUUUUGGGGAUAAGAAUCUUUGAUCAGUGCACAGCGGGAAAAAUUGCAGGGGCUGCA